AUGAACUUCCUUUACUCUGUGAUUGUGCCAGAGGAGGGCGGCGACACGGGUUUUGCCGACACGGUGCUUGCGCUGCAGCAGAUGGAUCCCGAGCUGCGCAAGGAGCUCGAGGGCCUGCAGAUUGAGGUGGAUGCCCGCAAGAUCCCGGACUUCUCCAGCCUGAAGGAGGACGACGAGCGCUUCCCCGUGGCCCUGCACUCCAUCAUCUUCAACCACGACGAGUCCGGCAUCGAGUCGCUGUACCCUGGAAACGGCAACGUCACGAUCAAGGGCAAGACCAAGGAGGAGUCGCGCGACAUCAUCGGCCGCGUGCUCGCCCACCUCGACAGGGAGCCGUACGUGUACUACCACAAGUGGACCAAGGGCGAUCUCGUGCUGUGGGACAACAAGACGUGCAUGCACCGCAGCAUGGGCGGCUACGGCAACCACCCGCGCAAGCUGUUCCGCACUCAGUGCUUCCACCACCCCAACCUCCGCACGCAGUCGUGAAUGAAUGCCUGCACAAUGGCCCAUGCGUCUGUUCUUGGGCUGUGUAGUUGCA